GGAGAGGAGUUGGACGAGUGGGUGGAGAAAGAAUGAAUGAGAGUGAAGAAAGGAGGGACAGAUGGUGCAGGCGGGAAAGAGAAAAGAUGGAGACAGAAGCAAGAAUAGAGGUGGAAAGAAUGAAGGCGGAAGCAGCGAUCGAAAAAGAAAGGCAGGAAUUCGAACUGGCACGAAUGAAGAAUGAAGGUAUGAAAAACAUAACACACAUAGAUAUGAACCAUCAAAGCAUCCUAUCAAAGUUGCCGAAAUUUCAGGAAGAUUCGGAAAACAUAGAUGCGUACAUCAGGAGAUUCGAGACAGUGGCGAGGACGACAGGCUUGAGCAAUACGCAGUGGGGAACUCAACUCCUUGUCUUAAUAGGAGGGAAGGCAUUGGAUGCAUGUCAGGGCCUGAGUGAGGAUGACAUGAAGGACUACAGAAUAUUAAAGGAAACCCUCCUUGAGUUCUUCUUACAUAAUGAAGACUCGUAUAGGAAAAAAUUCCACAACAGACUACCAUCCAAAGCUGAGGACUUCAAAAACUACGUGCUGGAUCUAAAAACCACGUUUAUGAAGUGGCUAGAAACGGCUAGAGUGGAGAUGAAAGUUGAGAAUAUAAUUGAAUUCAUUUUGAUAGACAAAGUAUUGAAUUCAGUAGAUAAACAGCUACUAAGUUACAUACAGGAAAGAAAGCCCACCACCCUAAAAGACCUUACUGACCACUGCCAAAAGUACAUCAUUGCACACACGGAUAGACCAAUAGCUAACAAAGAAUCAGAGUAUGAAUCAAUCUUCUACGCGAAGGCGACAGGCGAUACAGCGGAGUAUGUUGGCCUAGAGGCAGGAAACUACGGAUAUGACAAUCGACGGCCAAGGAGAUAUGGAACACAAACCAACGGCACAAGAUACGUUGGGAGGUGUUUCAACUGCCAACAACCGGGUCACAUGAUUAGGAACUGUCCGCAUAGACAUUCAAAUGUUGGGGGCAACAACCAGGCUGCGGGUCAGGAAUACCUCAGAGACACAAACACUCAUGCGGCACACAGUCAUUACAGCCAACAACAUAGACCGCGGCAGGACGGAAAUCAUAACAAUGGUUACAACGGCCACAACAGUAGCCCAGAUAAUGAGGGAGUAGAACAAGCACCGUUACUACAGAUCGCACCGAAAAUACCAACACUAAUGGUGAAUGUGGGAGCCCAUACGGUAGAGGCGGUUAGAGACACGGGUUGCUCUACAAUUGCUGUAAAAAGUAGCUACGUCGAACAGCACCAAUACACGGGUGAAUGGAAAAUGGUAGAGGUGUUUGGUGGCACGGUCAUACGCCUACCGAUAGCACUGAUAAACAUUAAAUCACCGUAUGUGACGGGACAAGUACGAGCUUUAGUAUUCGAACGGGGAUCAUUCGACGUAAUCAUCGGGAAUGAUAUCGAGAGAGAGACCAUACCACAAAACUAUCAUCCUAAUGCAGCGGUAAGGUGAUAUUUGGACUGGUCACAUUCUGGGACGGAGCACACAACAAGACGGCGGUGAGACAACACCCGUGUAAGACAUUUGUUAUACAAUAUACAGUAUGUAGCAUGGCGUCUUUCGACAAGUUGUACCGAAGGAGAGAAAAAUAGACGUCGUAUCCAAAGUUUAA